AUGCCCUCCGCCGAUACGCCAGGCUCCACACCGGAAGUCGGCGAUGAGCCGAAGGUUGAGCCCGACCGCGUGCCGAAUGGAGGGUACGCCUGGGUCAUCGCUGCCUGUAUCCUCGCCUCCAGUGCUGUUACUUUGUUACUUGGGGUGCGAAACAACACGACGUACGGUGUCUUCACCGCCUACUAUCUCGAAGACAACUACUUCAACGCCUCGAUUCACGACUACGCCUGGAUUGGGGGCCUGAGCGUGGCUGUCGCUCUCUCGCUCGCGCCGCUUGCCAAUUGGUUGACGCAGGUCAGCAACUAUCGUGUCGCGCUUCUCAUCGGCGCGACCUGCGUGGUUCUCGGCCAAUGCAUGGCGGGACUUUGUACCAGCUUCGCCCCGUUUCUUGUCUGCCAAGGCGUCGUGUUUGGUGCUGGUCUUGGCUUCGUACUUGUACCCUCGCAGCCGCUUCUCUCACACUGGUUUGACACCCGCUUAUCACUCGCGCAAGGCGUGGCGGCGGCGGGCUCAGGCCUAGGCGGUCUGGUCCUCGCGAACACAACGCGGGCAAUCCUGGAGCAUCCGAGGCUAGGCGUCAAAUGGGCUUUGAUCAUCAAUGGUGGGAUCUCGGGGAUGGUGCUCUUCCCGUUUCAUUGCCUUGCUACGGAGCCGACACAAGGCUUAAGUCCGCUCGCCUACUUCAUCGCCCUUUACUCGCUUGCUUCCUUCGCCACUUCCGCCCUAAACCUCUCCCAGACUCAAGGCGCGGCGCUACAGUCCAUCCUCGCCGCUGGUCAGAUGUUCGGUAGACCAGCUUGGGGAUGGCUUCUCGACAAAGGCGGCCGACUCAACAUGACGAUUCGCUGCUAUCUCCUCUGCGGCCUCUCGACAUUGUGCAUCUGGCUUCCCGCUCGCUCGUUCGCCGUCCUCGCGGUAUUCGCCUUCAUUCAGGGCGUCACCGGCGGGACCGUAUGGGCAGCUUCAACACCGAUCGGAGCUCUGAUCGUGGGCGUCAAGGACCUGCAGUCGGCAAUGUCGAUCUUCUGGCUCGUGCUCGUCAUCCCAGCUCUGACUGGACAGCCCAUCGCCAUCGCUUUGCUCGAGUAUUCGCGGAACAAGCUGGGAAGGGACGGGCCGGAGGCGUACUACAUCAGCAUUGGGUUCUGCGGAGGCGUCGCAGUGUUCAGUGCGGCGCUGCUGUACGGGGCCAAGCGCCAUGUGCAGCAGGGGAGCUGGAAGGUGUGGCAGAAGACCUAG